GAACCAGGAUAUGCUGUGAACGUUUGGGAGCGACUAUUUUCGUCCAACUGGGAGUGGAGGCAGGUUUGACGAGUGUUUCCCCGGCCGGCGGGGCAGUGCCUCCAGCCCGAGCCAUGGGGCGCCUCGUCCAGCUUCUACUCCUGGCUUUCCUGAUGCCUGGGCUCGCCAUCCUUUUGCCGCCAAGACUAAAGGCCCUCAGCAACCUGCACUUGUCCACCAGCUUUACAUCACGCUCCUCUAUAGUCAUGAAGUACUCGAUUCACUACAUGGAACAGAAGAUUGAUCAUUUUGGAUUUAAUAAUGAGAAAACUUUUAAACAGCGGUACCUAAUAGCUGAUCAACACUGGAGGAAAGAGGGUGGAUCAGUACUUUUCUAUACUGGUAAUGAAGGGGACAUUAUCUGGUUUUGCAACAAUACGGGGUUCAUGUGGGAUGUGGCUGAGGAACUGAAAGCUAUGUUGGUGUUUGCUGAACAUAGAUACUAUGGACAGUCUCUACCCUUUGGUGCUGACACAUUCCAGGAUCCCAAACACUUGAAUUUUCUGACAUCGGAACAAGCUCUAGCUGAUUUUGCAGAGUUAAUCAAACACUUAAAAAGGACAAUUCCAGGAGCUGAAAAUCAACCUUUCAUAGCCGUGGGGGGCUCUUAUGGUGGCAUGCUUGCAGCCUGGUUCAGGAUGAAAUAUCCUCAUAUGGUGGCUGGAGCUCUGGCAGCCUCUGCCCCUAUCUGGCAGUUUGAAGAUUUAGUACCUUGUGGAGUAUUUAUGAAAAUUGUAACUAUGGAUUUUAAGAGAACUUGCCCAAAUUGUUCAGAGAACAUCCGAAGUUCCUGGGGUGCCAUUAAUCGACUCACAAGAAAGAGUACUGGUUUGGAUUGGCUCUCUAAAGCCCUUCACUUAUGUACACCAUUAAAAAAUGCUCAGGAUGUUCAGCAUUUGAAAGAUUGGAUCUCUGAAACUUGGGUAAAUCUGGCAAUGGUCGACUACCCUUAUGAAUCUAGCUUUUUACAGCACUUGCCUGCUUGGCCAAUCAAGGUGGUGUGCCAGUAUUUGAAAAAUUCCAAUUUAUCUGAUAAAGAGUUGCUGCAGAAUAUUUUCCAUGCUCUGAAUGUAUAUCACAAUUAUUCAGGCCAGGCAACAUGCCUGAAUAUGUCAGAGACAUCAACUAGCAGUCUGGGAUCCCUGGGUUGGAGCUAUCAGGCUUGCACAGAAAUGGUCAUGCCCUUUUGUACCAAUGGUGUUGAUGACAUGUUUGAACCUUUUUUGUGGGACUUGAAGACAUUUUCAGAUGAUUGUUUUAAACAGUGGGGUGUGAAACCAAGGCCCUCCUGGAUCACUUCUAUGUAUGGAGGCAAAGACAUCAGUUCCCACACGAACAUCAUUUUCAGCAAUGGUGAUCUAGAUCCCUGGUCAGGAGGUGGAGUAACCAGGAACAUCACAGACACCUUGGUUGCCAUCAUUAUUCCAGAGGGGGCCCAUCAUCUAGAUCUCCGAGCCAACAAUGCCUUUGACCCCAUGACUGUGCUAUUAGCCCGCUCCUUGGAAGUUAAAUACAUGAAGCAGUGGAUUAGAGAUUUCUAUGCUUCUCUAAGGAAGAAGGACUAAGCAACUUUCGAUCAUUUUCAGUUUCUUUUAUGUUCAUUCCACCCACAUUCCCAUUCACUUUGGUUUUCUACACAUAACCACUUUCCCUUUUUUAUCAUUAGAUUUGGUGAGGCAAAAGUUGAGAUAGAAGAGAGGGUGAUGGUGGUGACAGCAGCCACCCCACAUCCCAGGUUCUAGCCAUCUUUGCCCCUCUUUCAGAAGAAAAAUUUUUUGUGUGUGUGACAGCUGUCCCUCACCAUCAGUGGCCCUCAUAAUUGGAGCAGAGUUCCUGACUGCCUUUCACAAGAGUUAGAGUCAGUUCCUUUGUUUCUCUGCAAGCAGGGAUUUCUCUUGCUUUUGAGACAAGUCUCUGGCUCAUUUAUUAUUUCACUCCCCUGCCCUCCCAAAAGGAACAGCAGAAAAUAGAUAAAAAUGAUGUAAUUGCAGCUGAUAGGAAGGGUGUCCGUUGCCAAUCCUUGAUAUAAGAGCCAUUUCUUUUGUACUUGAUUUACAGGUUUUGAACUGUGCUGUAAAUAAAGAAUAAGGCUGGACCUUA